AUGGGAAGGAAGAAGGUCAAGCUUGCCUUGAUCCCUGACGAGGCAGCAAGGAGAAGUACCUUCUUUGGAAGAAAGAAUGGGAUGAUGAAGAAGCUAAGUGAACUUAGCACGUUAUGUGAUGUUCAGACGUUUGCUAUCAUUUACAGUCCCUAUCAACAACAACCUUUCGUUUGGCCUUCUGAUCCACUGGAAGCAGAAAAGGUACUUAGCAUGUUCCAGAGCAUGCCUGCAAUGGAACAAAGCAAGAAGAUGCUGAACCAGGAAGGGUAUCUCAAGGAAAGGAUCAACAAAGUAGAGGAUCAAUUGAGGAAAGUUCAAAUGGAGAACAGAAUGAAAGAGAUGACGAAGCUUAUGUACGAGUGUUUGAAGGGUAAGGAUCUGAAUGAUCUUGCCAUCCCUGAGUUAACUGAUUUAACUACUGUGGUUGAUGAUAAGAUAGAGGCUAUAGCAAAAAGGAUUGAAGAAUUUAACCUAACUCAACCAGAGAUUGGGACUUCAAUGAACAUCGCGGGAGCGUCAAGCUCAGUUGAUGAUAGUAUGGAUUUGCAGGUUGCUGUGGAUGCUUUACAAGGACUACCAGAUGUGAAUCUAGAUGAAGCUAUGCCUUGCUUUGGCAAUGAAGUUGUGGCACCAUAUGUGGACAAUAGUUCAGGGACUCCUCCUUUCUAUCCUUAA